AUGUAUGCUAUCCUUUUAAUACUUAUCACAAUAUCAACCGUAACAAAAGCAUCAAUCGCAACAACAGGUGAUGGGAAUAACAAUAAGAAAAUAAACAUUAUGUUUUGUCACUCCUUUUCAACAAUACCAACUGGCUAUCAAAAUGAGAAUUGCAAUGAUUAUUGUCCAGACUUGAAGGUGAAAUUUGCUUAUGGAAAAUGUUUUGAUCCUUACACAUGUUUGCUUCACCUCAUUGUUAAACCAAGAGAAAUCGAUAUAAAAGACACACAAACGUCAAUCAUGAAGCUUGUUAACAUGUAUGCUAUCCUUUUAAUACUUAUCACAAUAUCAACCAUAACAAAAGCAUCAAUCGCAACAACAGGUGAUGGGAAUACGAAUAGUAAAAUAAACAUUAAGUUUUGUCACACCUUUUCAACAAUGCCAACGGGCUGUCAAGAUGGAAACUGUAAUAAUUAUUGUCGAGACUUGAAGGGGAAAUUUGCAUAUGGAAAAUGUUUUGAUCCUUACACAUGUGAUUGUCAAUAUGUUUGUUAAAAUUUUUGAAGUUUUUUUUGGUACUUUUUACUACUUCAAAUAAAAAUUGGUUAUUAAUGCUG